AAGUAGUAUUUCAUCAUCAUAUCAUAAGAGUUGCAUAUUUGAGUCACACGACAGAUAUACGAUCUACAAAUGAUUUAUGUGGUGUGGAUAGUGUCCUUUAUAUUUUAGAUGUAUUCCUUAAUGAAUUCAAAGAAGGCGUCUCAUGUAAAUAUAUUGAAUAUCCCGAGUCUAUCUACUACAUGCAACACUUUUCAUACUCUUGGACAUUUACGGAUUUUCAAGACAUCUUUUACAAUCCUGAACAUAUUAACGGUAUUUAUAGCGAAAGAUUUUCUUCACGCAAUGAAACUCGCGAUAAAACGCAUAUAUGGAGACUUGUUAUUUAUCCACAUAGUCACGAAGGUAUCGGAUUAUCUUUGGCCCCUUUUCAAUCAGAAUAUGAACAAAACAAAGAAAUCAGCGAGAGAAUCGCUUAUAUUAAGUUUGAUCUUUUUAAGAUUGUAAAAGGGCAACGAGUAAAUUUUGGUAGCUCCUUGAAUAUUAUGAAGUGUAAUUUUAAUUUGUAUGUGAGGAGGAAUGAAAUAACUGAAUAUUUUAAUAACGUAUUUCCGUAUGGAACUAAAAGAUUAUCGUUCUUUCCUCAGGUUAACCCUGAACUUAAUGACAAAACUGAUUUAGAGUUUCAAGUACGUUUCUUUAAGGGCAUAUUUGGUGAUGGCUGGUUUGGGGAUAACUUGUUUUCAAGAUUUAUGAAUUAA